GGAGAAUUACCGGAAUAAAGCUCAUGUAACUGAGCUCAACAACAUUGAUGACAAAUAAAGAGAGAAUGUAUGUCUUGUGGAGAGUUUUGUCCCCUCCUCCCUCCGCUUUUUCUUUUAGCACACAGCGCUCUGUUAAAAAUAGUCUGCUACAGGAUGGGCUCCAGUGCACUGCCUCUCCUUCUCUUGCUGAUCUCCAUCCUUCAUUCUGGACUCACUGAAGAUGGAAGAGAUUUACCAAGACCAGCAUUGACUGUGACACCAGACAGUGCUGUAUUCACUGGAGAGACAGUCAAUCUGAAAUGUGUGAUUGAGUCUGAUCACAGUGACUGGACAUAUGAGUGGUAUAAAGACAGCAACUGUGUAACGUUACAGUCUGAUGGUCAUUACACUGUAAACAGAGACACUCUCACUAUCAGAGGAGCUGCUGAGUCUGAUCAGGGUCAGUACUGGUGUAAAGGAGUUUUAGGAUGGGUCUCAAUACAAUCAUCUACUGUUUCUCUCUCAGUAAAGGAUUUACCCAGAUCUUCAGUGACUGUGACACCAGACAGUGCUGUAUUCACUGGAGGGACAGUCAAUCUGAAGUGUGUGAUUGAGUCUGAUCACAGUGACUGGACAUAUGAGUGGUAUAAAGACAGAAACAGUGUAAAGUUACAGUCUGAUGGUCAUUACACUGAAAACAGAGACACUCUCACUAUCAGAGGAGCUGCUGAGUCUGAUCAGGGUCAGUACUGGUGUAAAGGACAGAGAUCUGGAAGACCAAACUCAUCACUAUCAAGCUCUGCUGUUUCUCUCUCAGUGAAGGCUUUACCCACACCUACAGUGACUGUGGGAACCAGUGCUGCAUUCACUGCAGAGACAGAAUCAUCACAAUCAAGCUCUCAUGUUUUUCUCUCAGUGAAGGAUUUAAAGCCAAUGUCUGAACUCGGAUCGGAACUGGGAAGAAAUGCUGCAGCUUCAUUAUCAUCAUCAUCAUCAUCAUCGUCAUCAUUAUCAUCAUCAUCAUCAUCUUCUCCUCCUCCUCCUGGAACUCCUCCCCUUCUGGUCAUUGGUGUUUCUGUGGGAUUGAGUGUUUUCUUGCUGCUCCUCAUCUUACUGGUCCUUCUGCUGAGACACAAGAAGAAAGGUCUUUAUCAUGUUUAUGACGACGUAAUAAAAGCGGAGAACAGAAACAAAGGGCAGAGCAGUCUGGAGACACUUUAUGUUCUGAACUGAAGCACAAAACAGACAGAGGUCGGCGAGUGCAGUGAAGAAGACAGACACCAGAAGAAGAACAGCAGCGCUUGCUUUGCUUCAGAAAUGAAUCUGAGUAAACUGCUCAAUCAAACAAAGCCUGGUUUCGCCACAGCAGUGAAGCAGAUGAUUUGUUUUGUUCAUAUACUUAAUUUAACUUUUUUUAGCACAGUAAUGUAUAUUAUAUGUGCUACUUUUGCUGUAGUUAAUGCGGUGAGAUUUAGAUUUCAUGGAUUUAACGUUUGUUCAUUACAUAUUAAUCUAAACUCACAAAAUGUACAAAUGUUUUAAAAUGUUAAUCUUAAUGUUUUAAUAAUUAUAUUAUUAUUGUUAACACAGUGCAUACCCAUAUUUUUGAUUAGAUUAUUACAUGC